AUGUCGGACUCCCGCGGCGCAGGGCGGCCGGAGGACGAUGGAAAAGAAAAUCGCAAGCGGAGGCAGAGAAGUGAGCCGGCCUGCGGGGGCUCGAGCGGGUGGCAAAUUGCCUCCAACAGUCGCUGCCUCGCGUGCGGGCGACUUGGGUCCAUGUGCGACUGCAAAAAAACUAGGCUUGACCCCCAACUCAAGCGGCGGAAGCUCGACAGCAUGCUCCUGCACACGCCGUACGUUCGCUGCAAGCAGCUUAGAGCACUAGACGAGCUUUCGCGGGAGGAGUCAAAGUACCGUCGUCGUCUGGUGGAUCGCUGGGGCGAUGGGGUGGAGUCGAUGAGGCACGCGGCCUUCACGCACCGCCGCACUCUUCUUCUGCUGCUGCAAGAGACGGCGAGCCGUGAGGCGUUGCUGGCGGCGGAGCGCAAGGCACGGUCAGAGAGGAUGGCCGCUGGGGAUCUUCACAUUGUCUUGUUCGCCAUCGCCGGCCACGAGCGCGAGGAAAGAGGGCAGUUGUGUGCCGCGGCGCAAAGGGAGGCGCAGGUGCUACUGGCGUGGCAUGGCGCAAUGUUUUACCUUCUCAGUUUGCAAAGCCGCGAGGCGGCGUUUCGUGACGCUCUCGUGAACCACGAGGCGGCGGCGCAUGCGGCGCUCAGGAGCCACAACUUUGAUCUCUUAAACCGCAUGGACGCCGACGCGAAGGAGCGUCGCGCCCUCUACGAAGCAUUCUGGGAACGGCGUGAGCAGCUCGCGGCGGAGUGGCGGGGAGACGUGGAGGUCCUUCAGAGCGCUAUUGCGACGGAUCAGCGCCGGCUUGCGUGGAUGAUGCAAGGAAGAGGUGAGGUAUGCGAGUUGUGUGAGCGACAGAAGGCCGAGCUUGGCGCGGAGGAGGAAGAAAGCAGACUGCGUCUGUGCGCGCUUGCACGAGAAGAGCUCCACGCCGUGCUGACGCAGGUGCGAGUACGUGAAGCGCAGCGCGGCGCCUUUGCGCAAGAAGAAGCCGGCGCUCGCGAUGCCAUCCUGCAGGACGAGGUGGCUGCCUGCAAUGCGUUGUGGUUGUUCUUUAGGGACGGCGCCAAGGAGGCUCUGGAGGUGGAGCAGUUAAAGUACGAGCAACGCGGGGCGGCGCUUCGCGCGGCCAUUCACCACUUAAGGAGCCUCGCCGAGGAGGAGGCCGCUGUCUUCGCCUCACUCAACGCACAGGAGCGUCGCGAGAGGGACCUGCGCCAGCAGUGGAGUUUGGAAAAGAAGCAGCAGCGCAAUGAACUGGAGGAGGUGGCCUUCCACCACCUGCGGUUAGUGGCGGAGGAAGAGGGCGCGGCGCGACACGCAGCCCUGACUGCGAUGCGAGAGGCAGAGGUGGGAGUUGCGGCGUGGCUUCAACACAAGUCACGCAUGCUGCGGGAGCUUGCGGAUACGGCGCUCGGCCAAAAGGGGGAAAUACGUCUGCAGGAGCAUGAGCAUCGUUUUGCGCUGGUGUCACGCAAGGCGGAGCAAGAAGACGCCGUGCGUCGCUGGAUUGAGCAGAAGGAGUUCGUGCGACAGUCCCUCAUAGCAGAGGAGACGACGCACCGCAUUCACACGGUAGAAGCAGAGCACGCUGCCAGAGAAGAACUCAGCUGGCGCUUUGACACAUGGCGGGACGCCUGCCAAACUAUCAUGCAUGAACGAAUUGAGAAGCAGAAGGCAUUUCAGCAGAAGGCGCUGCAGGUGUUGCGUGAUAUUUUGGAGGAGGAAGCCAAGGCUGUGACUCUCAUGAGGCGACUUUUUGAGGAUGACAGGGAAAGGGCCACCCACGAAGAAAACCACCGGCGGAUGCUUGAGAUGUGGAAUGCUGAAACAGAGUGCCGUACGUACGUUCUCCAGCAGGAGGUGCGCCACCGUGAGAGCAUUGCUACACAGAUGCAUCUCCAGGAGAGCUUUUUUACACGAGAGGCACAGGAGCUGCUCAAGGCACGCAUUUGUGAGGUUGUGGCGAUCGAAGAAAGUCAGCGUACUGUGCUUCUGCGUCUUUGCUCAGAGGCCACAGAGCAGCUCUACUUCGACUCUCGACAAUCCUGGGAGGAGGCAGAGCGGGCUGAGAAGGAGCGUGUGCUUGCGGAGCUGCUUGAGCGCGAGGCGGCUCUGCUAGAGGACGCACGCCUGUAUCGUGAAGACGAGCCACUCCUCUUUUCCAACGUGGAGACGCCAUCGCAGGAGCUGCGCCAGUCGACUGCGGCGGCACCGACGGAGGACCCCUGGAGCGCGCAGCGGGAGCUCCUCCUCGCCGAGCUCGGCGGGCAAAAGGAGGACGUCGUCUCCCUCCCCUCCGCGGCCGUGAGUUUUUUGGCCAGCGUCGUCGACGCCGUCGCCAGGCGGGAGUCGUCUCUCACGGAGGCGCUGCAUCAGGCGGAGCUGGCGCUCAAGGAGGCCAAGCAGAAGUUGGUCAACCAAAGGCAACAGCUCUCCGACGCAAAGGAGCGAUGGGAGGAGUCAAGGGAAAAAAUGGACCGUGAUGCCGCUGAGCACGAAACACGUGUGGCGAUGCACCGCGACACGCGGCAGAGGGACGAGGCGCAGUUAGAGCGGGAACGUGCAAGGCUCCGAGCCAAGACAGAGGAGCUGCGCAAGAUGCAGAACGGCAUCUCGCGCAUGCGAGAGAGCAUUCACAAUCAAUACCGGAAACGGUAG